AUGCUGGUCGCGAUCCGUUCCCGACGGAACCGGCCUGCGGGUGCAAAACCCCCUCCUCCACGGACCUGCCGCUGCGGCGCCGAAACGAACAGGAAGCUGGCCUCCGAGCUGGCCUCGUACCUGUCCAUCCCGAGCUGCACGGGGGCGGAGGACGUGCUGCUGCACGUCCUGGAGCACCCGCGGACCCAGUACAGCCUGGCGCGCCUGCAGCCGCAGGCCGCCACCAGGUUCAACUCCAUAAGCUGGGCCAAGGCCCUCGGCGUCCCCGCCCGCGGCUGCCCGGAGCGGUGCCGCGGCGUGGCGCCCCGGCUGUUGCCGGGCUGGGUGCGGGCUAUCUACCAGUUCCCCCAUGACCACAUGAUGGAGGCCCGGCAGAUCAUCCAGCAGUGUAUGAGCCUCUUCCCCACGGAGACGGACGAAAGAAGGAGUGCGAGGGUGGCGUGCAGGGUCAAGGCCUGGGAGCAGCCGUGUAGCCGCAAUCAUCUGGCCGGUGUGGCUGGCGUUUUUGAUGCGGGAAUGGCUCUUCGGAUCCGCCGAGACCCAAGUCGAUCCCACCGAAAGGCUGUCGCCCACGUCAAAAAUUGGACGCCGCCCGGUAGGUCACCUCUCUGCACCAGUUGGGGGUACUCCUAG